ACCAGCAAUUUUGCACCAUAUUCUCACACCGUGGAGAGACAAAACCAAGCUGGGAUGGCCAGGAAUGAAAAUGUUGUGAACUGCUUAUACCCAAAGCGUGAUGCAAUUUUUAAGCUGAUUUGCUUUCCCUGGGCAGGAGGUAGCUCCAAUUACUUUGCCAAAUGGGGUCAAACUAUUCAUGAUUCAGUGGAAGUGCACUCCAUAAGGCUCGCUGGAAGGGAAAGUCGCUGGAAUGAACCUUUCGCAAGUGACCCGGACCAGCUAAUUGAGGAAAUUGUUUGUGCUCUGCUGCCAGUCCUCCAGGAUAAACCAUUCGCAUUUUUUGGCCACAGUAUGGGAUCCUAUACUGCUUUGCUGACUGCACUACAACUAAAAAACAAACAUAAGCUAGAACCCAUCCAUUUAUUUCUGUCAAGUGCCGUCAUUCCUCGUGAAAAGAACUCUCAAGUUAUCAAAUUAGAACACAUGGCAGAAGAACAAACCAAGUCUUUCCUUGUGACUUUCGGAGGCACUCCCAAGGAUUUAAUUGACAAGGAAUUUAUACAACAAGUUUCUCCCAAAUUAAAAGCAGAUGGACACAUUUUUCAAAAGUACAACUUUGAUUCAUUACCUUUCUUGCCCACUAUAUCUUGUGACUUAUCAUGCUUUUGGGGAUCUGAAGACAUUGUAAAGGAUAUGAAAGGAUGGAAAGAGAUAACCAGUGGAAAUUUGCAUGCUCAUGUUCUUCCAGGAGACCACUUUUAUUUCAUGGAAACUUCCAACGAAAACUUCAUCAAGGACUAUAUAACCAAGUGUCUGGAACUAUCGAUGCUUGUCAGUGUUUAG